UGACACGUAGGUCGUUGCUAAGGUCAACAAUGACACGCUUCUUCUUACGUUUAUUGUUUAGUUGAGAAUUUCAAAGAAACGCACAAGACAGGCAAACAACCAGAGAAAUGUGCGAAAAAGUUGUCGACCCUCUGUUAGAGGCUUCUCGUUUAGCCGAGGGUUCUAUUUGUAUUCAUUCCGAGCAGAGCAAAGAUAAAUGCCUAUGCUCGGCAUUAAACUAUGUCAGCCAUGAGAUUGUGGAUUGCAAGAAGAUUAUGACAGAUGACACGCCUAAGAAAACGACUCGCAGAAAAUCAAAGAAACGAAAGGAUUUGGUGGUGGAGUGCCUCCAAUACCCACCUCAGCCACAAACACCAUGCUUAUUAAAGAAAUUCCAAGACUACUACAAGACAGAUGUAGGUCUUCGCAGGAGACACUACGGUAUUUCAUGUGAUCCAGAACGCUACUUCACUGAAAAGAUGUGGCACUGUAAAGUUGUCAAAAACCCUUACCCUUUAGAAGAAGUGAUCUGCCCUCCCAUGAAAACAAAGUACCAAGAAGUAUGUGAUAAUUUAAAAGAAGACCUAUACAUGAGCAAAAAGCAUGCAAGCAUUGGAAAAAAGUCACAGUGGCACAUUUAUGCCCCAGAGUAUGUGACGCAAUUGACACAUGGGAAAACCGUUGAACCUGAUGGGGAUGUUGGGAAAGUGGUCAACCCCCCUUAUUCCCAGGCCGAACUGAGAGAAAUGGACGAUAAGUACCAUGACUUGUAUGUGGCAUCGCACAAGGACCUCUACCCAGGUGAACAUGUACAGAGGGGUUACAGGCCCCCUUUCAGACCUUCAGCAACAUUUGGUGAUGAUGUAGUUAAACACUCUAAUGGAGCUUUAACGAAGGCCAGCAUGAAAUGGAUAGACAUGGCCAGGAAGGAGAAGGCCACACCCCUUAUAUGCUAUGACCUGGAAGAGUUCAACAGGAAAACACAUCCCCGGAUAGGGUCUACGCUAAACCAGAUUCGAGAUGGCAGGAAAUUCCCAUAUAACCACAUUUUUGGUCGACAGAUAAAAGUAACUGAUACUGUGGGCACAGUAAUCCAUGAGAGCACUCCAUUCCAGUACGGCGACAUGAAGGAUCAUUUUGGUUUCCUGGUUGCACUGCGGAAACAUCUCAAUGAGACUGCGUACUCACGCUUAACUACAGUUCUUAUUGCCAUGCAGCAGGCUGAUGUGGAGAAAACUGGUUACCUGAGCACUGAUGAAGCGAUGAGAAUAAUGUUGGAGCAGGAAUUUCCAAUUAAUGUGGAAGGGUUAAGGGCAUUUCUAGAGAUGUGGAAUGAUGGAAAUGGUGUCAGCUACCAUCUGCUAAUAAACUCCCUCAACUGGAAAAGCCCUUUGCCAUGUCCACAUAUGUUGCCAUUGGCUAGAUUUGGCGAGCUUGGGGAGAAGCAAGAGGAGAGCUUAAAGAGCAAGGUGAAGGAAGAUAAGGCAAAAUCCCGUUUUCAGAAGAGUAGUAGCAUGAUUAAUUCUGUUUUUGAUGUCAAUGGAGUGACCAAAGAUUGGCGUUGUUAUGGAGUUCCAAACUUUCGCACUGAUUUAAUUCCUCCAAAGAUCCAAAACUUUUCCGACCCAAUAAACUAUGCUAACCAGAGCGAUGCAUUCAAUCUUAUAAGACCGUCUAUUUAUUCUGAAUAUGGCAUGGAUCUGGAAAUGAUGAAACCUAGGACAUUAGAUGAACUAAAAGAUAUUUAUGGCAGAAGUGGGUUACCAACAGACGAAGAAACAUUCCUCAAAAUGCAUUGUAUCGUCACCAAUGGCAACCCCGAGGAGAAAGUCAGCUUAGACAGCAUACAGAAACUAUUUCAAAGAUCAGGUGCACCUGCCAGGUUGAUUCAAUAAAUGCAGUUAUGACAUCAGUUUGCAUUAGAAGGCAUGAAAAAUAUUUUGGUGAUGUAUAUGUAUGUGUGCAUAUGCAUGUGUGUGUGUUUAUGUGUGCACACACAUAACUAUGUGUGUAUGUGUGUCUGUGUGUGCAGUAGAGUAUAUAAGUAAUAAAAUGUAUUCUCAUGUACUG